UUACUUAGCAAAAAUGUCGGAUGCCGAAGUUGAAGUGCCUACAACAUUUAAAAAGCGUAACUUGAAAUUCAAAGGAGGCAGAAAGAGAAAACAGUCGAGCUCGGAAGACAGCUCAGAUAGUGCAGAGGAGCCAACCGUUGUGUUACCUAUAAAGAAACAGGUGAAAUCUAACCCAAACUUUCAGACUACCGGUGGUCAAAAGAAGGAAAAGGUUAUAAUCGAAGAUGCGGAUAGCAGUGACGAGGAAAAGAAGAAAGACAUAAGCACAACAUUGUCGGUGCAACAGCAAAGGGAGAAUGCCACGGCAACAUAUGAGCUGGACACAGAGAAGGACCGAGACGCUCAAGCUAUAUUUGAGAAAGCUCAGAAGAUCAAUGAGGAACUACAAGGCCAGGCUGAUGAUAAGGUUUAUAGGGGUAUAAAUAAUUAUGCUCAAUACUACAAAAAGAGGGACACAGCAGCCGGCAAUGCUAGUUCUGGAUUAGUCAGAAAAGGUCCAAUAAGAGCUCCGGCCAAUUUAAGAGCAACAGUUCGGUGGGACUACCAACCUGAUAUCUGUAAGGAUUACAAGGAAACCGGAUUCUGUGGAUUUGGAGACUCGUGUAAGUUUCUCCACGACCGCUCUGAUUACAAGCACGGCUGGCAGCUGGAGAGAGAGGAGGUGAAAGCGGACAACGGCGGAGACUCCGAUUAUGAGAUACACAGUGACGAUGAGCUACCCUUUAAAUGCUUUAUAUGCAGAAACAGCUUUACUGAUCCCAUUGUGACAAAAUGUAAGCACUACUUUUGCGAGAAGUGUGCCCUGGAUAAUUACAAGAAGUCCGCAAGAUGUUUCAUUUGUAACACUCAAACUGGAGGUGUGUUCAAUCCCGCCAAGGAACUGGAGCAGAAACUGAAGCAUGCUGAUCAUGAUGACAACGAUAUUCCGAGUGAUGAUGAUGAUGACUGAGGAAUAAAAUAUAAGGUUAUUUUAUCAA